AUGACGACUCCCAAAGGCGCAGCUCAAACCUCCAAAUCGCAGCCUCAUCCCUCAGCUCCCGGCCCCGUCACCGACACCACAGAAGCACCACCCCAAAGCCUGCUCACCAAGCAGCAUAAUCUCGUCCCCAUGGUCGUUGGCACUGGAGACAAUCAGCAGAACACCAUGCCCUUGGAAGGCGCUGAGAAAGAGGUCUUAAUCGAGAGAGUUCACAACACCGGCGCGCAGACGCCUUCGUCUCUCGCCGCGCAGAUUGAACGCGAGCUGCAGAAAAAGAGUUCAACCUAA